AUGGCGGAUCUAGUAGAGAGCACUGCCAAGCUGCAGCUCGAUGAAGAGACAGGGGAGAUGGUCUCUAAGGCCGAAUUGAAGAAGAGACAGAAGAAACGCGAAAAGGCCAAGGCAAAAGAGGCUGCGAGAAGCGAAGCGAAGACCGAGGACAAGGCCAAGCCGGCCGCGAAACCAUCUAAGGCCACUACCGAAGAACCAGCUAUUGAUCCUAACAGCAUGUUCAAGACUGGCUUUCUUGAUGAUGUCUUCAAGAUUAGAACCAUGAAGCCAGUCUUCACCCGUUUCCCACCCGAACCCAACGGCUUCUUACACAUUGGACACGCAAAAGCUAUCACUGUCAACUUCGGUUUUGCUAGGUACCACGGAGGUGAAUGUUAUCUUCGCUAUGACGAUACGAACCCUGAAGCUGAGGAGCAGGUGUACUUUGAUGCUAUCCUAGAGAUGGUAGAAUGGCUCGGAUUCAAGCCUUACAAGAUCACGUACUCCUCCGACAACUUCCAGAAACUUUACGAUCUCGCCGAGAAGUUAAUAGGACUCGAGAAGGCCUACGUCUGCCAAUGUAGCGAUACCGAGAUCAAGCUCCAGCGCGGCGGUGAGAAGGGUACCGCUGGACCCCGCUACCGUUGCAAGCAUGCGGAACAGCCAGUCGAGGAGAACCUGCAGAAAUUCAGAGACAUGAAAGAUGGAAAAUAUAAACCCCAGGAGGCUUUCCUCAGGAUGAAGCAAGACGGCAACCCGCAGAUGUGGGACCUUGCAGCUUACAGAGUUCUCGAUAAACCGCAUUACCGCACUGGUGAUGCUUGGAAGAUUUACCCGACGUACGAUUUCACACACUGUCUUUGCGACUCAUUUGAGGGCAUCGUAAUCCAAAGCAGAGUUAGCUACGAAUGGCUAAACAAGACCCUCGGAGUCUACGAACCGAUGCAACGAGAAUAUGGGAGACUUUCAAUUACCGGUACAAUACUUUCCAAGCGCAAGAUACUAAAGCUUGUUGAAGAGAAGAUUGUACGAGGUUGGAAUGACCCGCGCCUUUACACGUUGAUUGGAAUCAAGCGCCGGGGUGUCCCUCCGGGCGCUAUCCUAGAGUUUGUGAAUGAACUCGGUGUUACUACUGCUAACUCUGUCAUUGAGAUCAAGCGAUUUGAUCAAGCGAUUCGCAAAUAUUUGGAACGUACCGUUCCUCGAUUGAUGCUCAUCUUAGACCCCAUCCCUGUGGUUAUUGAAGAUGCUGAUGAUCUUGAUGGUAAAGCUAUCAGCCUUCCGUUUAGCCCGAAGGAACCUAAGAUGGGCUCCCACGACGUGAAGUUUACUAAGACUGUUUACAUUGAUCGCUCGGACUUCAGAGAGGAAGCAGAUCCGGCAUUCUUCCGCCUUGCUCCAGGAAAGACCGUUGGACUCCUUCAAGUUCCAUAUCCCAUCAAGGCAACCUCAUUCACGAAGGACGACGUGACUGGCAAGGUUACUGAAAUUCGAGCUGUGUUUGACAAGGAAACGAAGAAACCCAAGGCUUACAUCCAAUGGGUCUCGACCGAGGAAGCGGGUACGCGGAAAGCAGAAGUGAGAAUUUACAACUCGCUGUUUAAGUCCGAUAAUCCGAACGACGCCCCCGGCGGUUUCUUGAACGAUAUCAAUCCUGAAAGCGAGGUAAUUUACCCGGAUGCUCUCAUAGAAUCCGGCUUCAACGAAGUCAGGAAGAGAGCUCCAUGGCCAGAAGCGGCAGGCGAAAGUGAACUCGGCAAAGGCGGUCCUGAGAGUGUUCGCUUCCAAGCUAUGCGUAUCGCAUAUUUCGCGUUGGAUUCCGACUCUACCGAUGAUCGCAUCGUCCUCAACAGAAUUGUGGCGCUAAAAGAAGACGUGGGAAAGAGCUGA